AUGGAGAGUUCCACGCCAACUCGAGCGGAGAGAGUCAAAGCGCUUCUUCUGGAGCACGUGAAGGAGCAUGUUGCACUUUCAAAUCCCGUUCAAGAGGCAUAUGAGAAGAAAUUAUCCAAGGACAUCGACAGAACGCUGAAUUUCCUAAAACAAGCUGAGCAUGCUCUAGAAAAGCUCAAUAGCGAGGACACUGCAGAACAUGACUCGUGGACCGACGAAACAAGAAGGAAGGCCAACUCCUUGGCACUUUUUGAAAUGUACAAAAAGCUUCCAUACACGGUAAUGAAGAACGAUCUGUUGGGCACGGCUACUGCAGCACAUCUCACGGGAGAGGCAGUAGUGCAACAGGAAGAGGCGACAAAAUCGCUCAAACUGAAGAGUGAUGCUUUGAAGCAGGAAUUGGACUUUUUAAAAACCACGCUAGCGGAUUACAAGACAAUGCUGGCACUUCUUGAAAAGCGAAUCGCCAGCCAUCCAAGACGCGUGGAGGUUAUGGAACAGAAGCUUCACAAUGCUCAGCACGUGGACGAUGAGCUUUUGGAAAAGACAGAGCAAGUGAAAGAGGCUACAAGGCGGAUUAAGAGUGUAGAAGAGAAGUUGCAACAGCACAUGGUGAGGGUAAUCACGAAGCUACACGCCAUGCUUGACUGGGAGAAUACAGGGAUGGUGGAUGAAGAGACGUUCAAAAGAAAAAUAAAACAGUCGAUACAACUUAUUCAGCAGCUCGUACACAAGUUGGUCAGCGACACCGAGGGGUGGGUUUCGGUGACCCCCGGAAGCUCGGAGGAACAGUUAGUGCAACUCAUGCACAGAAACAACAUCAUAGAGAUUCGGAACACUGGUGACUUUGCCAUCAGGCUACGCAGCUACGGCAGUGAGUUUUAG